AAAAGAAGUCGGUACUUGAAAUGAGCCACAUGUAUACAAGUUAGACAAUGAACAUUUCUUUAUAAACUAGGUGUUAUUUGUUUAAAACAGUCUGCCCUGCGGGAUUAACUGUGUGUCAUUUAACUAACUUUAAAAACAGGCUGAGAAAACAUGCCUGAAAUAAAAGUUACACCUCUGGGUGCUGGACAGGAUGUCGGCCGCAGCUGCAUCCUCGUCUCCAUCGGAGGCAAAAACAUCAUGCUCGACUGUGGGAUGCACAUGGGAUACAAUGAUGAUAGACGGUUCCCAGACUUUUCCUAUAUCACGCAGAAUGGGCGCCUGACAGACUUGGACUGUGUGAUCAUCAGCCAUUUCCACCUGGACCACUGCGGCGCUCUGCCCUUCAUGAGUGAGAUGGUGGGCUACGACGGACCCAUCUACAUGACCCAUCCCACUAAGGCCAUCUGUCCCAUCCUGCUGGAGGACUUCCGGAAGAUCACCGUCGACAAAAAGGGAGAAACCAACUUCUUCACCUCGCAGAUGAUCAAGGACUGCAUGAAGAAAGUUGUACCUUUGAACCUCCACCAAACUGUCCAGGUGGAUGAUGAGCUGGAGAUCAAGGCGUACUAUGCAGGCCAUGUCCUGGGAGCUGCCAUGGUGCACAUCAAAGUGGGAUCAGAGUCUGUGGUCUACACGGGAGACUACAACAUGACACCAGACAGACAUUUAGGUGCUGCGUGGAUCGAUAAGUGCCGUCCAGACAUCCUCAUUUCAGAGUCUACGUACGCCACCACCAUCCGUGACUCGAAGAGAUGUAGAGAGAGAGACUUUUUGAAGAAAGUGCACGAAUCCAUAGAAAGAGGAGGAAAGGUUCUCAUUCCAGUUUUUGCCCUCGGAAGAGCACAAGAACUCUGCAUCCUAUUGGAAACAUUUUGGGAGAGAAUGAACCUGAAGGCCCCGAUCUACUUCUCCACCGGCCUGACGGAGAAAGCGAAUCAUUAUUACAAGCUUUUCAUCACAUGGACCAACCAGAAGAUCCGAAAAACAUUCGUACAGAGAAACAUGUUUGAGUUUAAGCACAUCAAGGCCUUUGAUCGCUCCUAUGCUGAUAAUCCUGGGCCCAUGGUGGUGUUUGCUACACCGGGAAUGCUGCACGCAGGUCAGUCUCUGCAGAUCUUUAAGAAAUGGGCCGGCAAUGAGAAAAACAUGGUUAUCAUGCCAGGGUAUUGUGUACAAGGAACAAUCGGUCACAAGAUCCUAAAUGGCCAGAGGAAACUGGAGAUGGAGGGGAGAGCAACACUGGAUGUGAAGCUGCAGGUGGAGUACAUGUCCUUCAGUGCUCACGCAGAUGCAAAGGGCAUCAUGCAGCUCAUUCGGAUGGCAGAGCCUCGAAACAUGCUGCUGGUGCACGGGGAGGCAGUGAAAAUGGAGUUCCUAAAGGGCAAGAUUGAACAGGAGUUCAGUAUAGACUGCUACAUGCCUGCCAACGGAGAGACAGCGACAGUUACAACAAAUCCCAGUGUGCCUGUGGAUAUCUCCCUCAACCUGCUCAAGAGGGAGAUGGCUCUUGGAGGGCCUCUUCCUGAUCCCAAAAAACCUCGCACCAUGCAUGGAACGCUGAUCAUGAAAGAAAAUAGUCUGAAGCUGGUGUCGUCGGAGCAGGCCCUGAAGGAACUCGGCCUCAACGAACAUCAGUUACGCUUCACCUGCCGCGUGCAGCUCCAGGACCCCCACAGCGACCCCGACACACUCCACAGAGUCUACACACACCUCAAGAGUGUGUUAAAAGGUUACACCAUCCAGCACCUCCCUGAUGGCACAGUCAUGGUGGAGUCGAUCGUCAUCAAAGUCUCCUCCUCUGCUGAAGACACCAACACAAAGGUCCUGCUCCUGUCGUGGAGUUAUCAGGACGAGGACCUCGGGAGCUUCCUUUCAAGUCUGCUGAAAAAGGGGCUUCCAUCUGGACUUUGCUGAAAUAUGUUUUGCCCCAAAACUAUGAAUAUGUGACGGAAAAUCCCUCCUGAAAAGAAUUCAUGUACUGUUACUCUUUUGAAACCUGGAUUUUUGGAGGCUGAAAACUUCUUCGAAGUGCAGAGGAUUUCAAAUUUGUAUCUGUAAACUUAACAACAUUAAGGCUGAACUUCCUCCCUGUCGAUGCCUGGAGGUUAACCAGCUUUCCAGUGUUUUUUGUGUCUGAAUGACUUACAGGACGAACAAUUUUUGAAACGGUUCAGUUUUUAGGAAUAGGGCUGUAGCCGGCAGUGGCAAAACAGGACAGGAUUAAAGUUCACUAAAAGUGUUUGUUUUUCCCGCUGACAAGCUCAGAUUCCUAUAGAGAUAGACCUUUUGUUCAUGAGUAAGGUCCUUUUGUUUAACCAAAAACAGCCCAGAUAUUGCCAUUGCAAAACCUACCAGACUCCAUUUAAAUAAACAGUAAUUUUACACUGUAAUUCUAUACUUAAUUCAGAGUCAACUGAAACAAAACAAAACUCACAGAAACCUUUUUGGUUCAUUUUCUCACUUUACAGAAAAAAAUGCAAAUGGUUGGGUUGAAAUAAAUGCUUUAUUGACCCAGGUAGAUGUAAAAUUGUGCAGGUUCUACACACACUUAAAUGACUGUUUAUUUAAAUGAAGUCUGGUGGGUUUGGUGACCACAAUUUCAUGGCUGUUUCUGGUUAAACAAAAGGGGCCUUACUCUUAAAAACAGGCCUAUCUCUGUAUGGAUCUUGUCAUAAUGUUGUCAGACACUUUGAAUAAUAAUCUGAGACUGUCAGUGGCAAAAACAAGUACUUUUAUUGGACUUUUUGGGUGCACAAAUCCCCCGAGUGGUGACAUUGUAUCCUGUUUCGGUGCUGCUGGCUGCAGCUCUCAAAAAAUGUUGUUUCUUUUAGUCAAUUAGACUCAAGAAAUAGGGUUGGAAAUAUGCCAAAAUUACCCUGAAAAUGUACCAAUUUUUCUAAAUAUAAUAGUGACGGUGUUUCAUAGACUCAUUUAUAGGCUGAACUGAAAAAAAAGACAAACACCCAAAUUCUGAUAUAUUCCUUUAUUUUGAUGUACAAAGUCAAUUUGAAUAAAAAAACAUUUUAUAGAAAACUUAAA